AUGAAUGAAUGUUUUGUGCUUAACCGGCAAAGCGUUUAUGAUGAGUGCGAGGAUUCUGAAGGGUUGCGUGGCUACAAUAAUGCUGAAAAUGAGCUCAUGUGUUUCUGCAAGGAUGGCAGCGGACAAAGCAAUGGCUGCUCAGUCUGUCCCCCCUCCAGCUGUGCCGACGGUUUGCAAAUCAGAUACCCUUUCUGGCUAUCAGAUUCACAUGGUUCCCCUCCUAACCACUACUGUGGUUAUGAGGAAUUUGGGCUCAUCUGCUCUCAUCAAGGUGGCUACCCCAUCUGGUCUCCACCACCUGGGUUACGUUAUCGUGUCGCGCACGUAGACUAUGAUAAUCAUACCAUUCACCUUAUUGACGUUGACACUUUCAACCGAACAUGUCCAAGGGCACUUCACAAGGUUCCCCUGGGAAAUUUGCCCCUUUCUCAUUCCCCUUUGAAUUUGAACCUUAGCUUUCACUACAAUUGCAAUUCUCACCCAUCUAAUGCGUCGCCCAUAAGGUGUUUGACGUCUGGUGUGAAGCAGUCCUUUGUGUUUGUGAUGGGGAACGAGAGUAAUGAGGGUUUUGAUUGGUCCAAGACUUGUGAAGAGAGUGUUGUGGUGCCAGUGAUGAAGGAUCGGGUUACAAGUAAAGGGUUGAUGAAUGAGUAUAAAGAGGCUAUGAACGAAGGGUUUCUUCUUAAUUGGCAGACUGCCCAGAGUUGUGAAGAGUGUGAAGCUUCUGACGGGAUUUGUGGCUACAUUGAUACCAGAAAAGAGUCGUUGUGCUUCUGCAAGGAUGGCAACGUGCAAAGCAAUAGCUGCUCAGGUUUAAUAGCUGCAGGAGUGGGAGCUCUGCUGAUAUGCAUCAUUUUCUUCUUCUCAAGACGAAAAAUAUCAGUAAUGAUCGCAGUAUAUUUUCAGAAGAUGAAAAAGAACGAUGAAGCCAUUGAGUCCUUCAUCAGAAAUAAUGGGCCUCUAACUAUAACAAGGUACACAUUUUCAGAAAUCAAGAAAAUGACCAACUCUUUUGAAGUCAAAUUGGGAGAAGGAGGUUAUGGCACUGUAUUCAAAGGAAGCACACUACACAGCUGUCCUGUGGCUGUGAAGGUGUUGAAUGCAUCCAAAGGGAACGGUGAAGAGUUUAUCAAUGAGGUUGUGAGCAUUAGUAGGACUUCACAUGUAAAUAUUGUCACCCUCCUUGGUUUUUGUGUUGAAGGCAGCAAAAAAGCACUUGUAUACGAACUUCUGCCCAAUGGUUCACUUGAGAAGUUCAUAUGCAAGAGGGAUUUAGAGCCAAAUGAUCCACCCUUGAGCUGGGAAAAAUUACUUCAAAUUGCAGAAGGGAUAGCCAAAGGACUCGAGUAUUUGCAUAGGGGUUGCAACACUCGAAUCUUGCAUUUUGAUAUAAAACCUAACAAUAUCCUUUUGGAUAAAAACUUGUGUCCAAAGAUCUCAGAUUUUGGGCUGGCUAAACUCUGUUCUAAAACACGUAGUAUUGUCUCAAUGCUUGAUGCAAGAGGAACUGCCGGGUAUAUUGCACCAGAAGUAUGGAAUAGAAACUUUGGAGGAGUCUCUCAUAAGUCAGAUGUGUAUAGUUAUGGAAUGUUGAUUUUGGAAAUGGUUGGAGGAAGACAAAAUAUCAACAGAGACAUAAAUGAUUCAAGUGAUGCAUGUUUUCCUUAUUUGGUAUACAAGCAAAUUGAGAUGGACAAGAAUAUAACAGAACAUGAUGGCAUGACCAGAGAGGAAAGUGAAAUUGCAAAGAAGAUGGUCAUGGUGGGAUUAUGGUGCGUCCAGACAAUGCCAUCAGAAAGGCCUCCCAUGAAUAGAGUGAUUGAGAUGUUGGAAGGGAGCUUGGAUCAGCUCUCAACGCCACCAAAGCCUUUCAUGUUUGCCCCUAUAAUUCCAGCAACCGGAGAGGGAAAUUGCGCUACAAAUGGUGUUCUUUCCUUUUCGGUGGAUUAUCAAUGGGGUAGAUAG